GUACCCAGUGCCGUUUCCGCCCGGCCCGGGGAGAAGCCGCCGCCGCCGCCGCCGGGGGAGGGGCCGCCGCUGCCGCGGCCGAGCGCUCGCUCUCGCCGGCUGCCCGGAACACGCCGUGGCGCCGAGCCGGGCCUGGUGCCGCGCAGGGGCCCGGGGAACGGGCCGGCCAGGUUUCCCCAUGUCCGUGACGUGUUGGCCGAGGCUCUGCGGCUCCUCUCCGCCCUCGGAGCGGCCAGUCGCUGCCCUCUGGACUCCGUGAUCCCCGACGGGCGUCAUGAGCAUUGCAAUCCCUCUGGGAGUCACCACACCAGAUACGUCCUACUCCGACAUGGCUGCAGGAUCGGACCCAGAGUCUGUGGAAGCUAGUCCAGCUGUCAGUGAGAAGAAUGUGUACUCCAGCCACGGCUAUGGGGCCACCCAGAAACACAGCUAUCGCGGGCUGCCUUACGCAGAUCAUAAUUAUGGAGCCCCUCCUCCUCCAACACCGCCAGCCUCUCCUCCUGUCCAGACCAUUAUACCUCGUGCAGAACUGAAUGGCCUGCACUCUCCUGAUGAGAACUCUGGGGAUAGUGAAAGCUCCUCAGAAGGAGAAUCAAUUCCUGCUUGGUGCCACUGCAGUGUCUCCCAAGAUGGUUUCCUCCUCAAGUGUGAAAAGUGCAGAGGAAUGAGCAGGGGGAAGGUGAUCAGACUCCGCCGCCGGAAGCAGGACAACGUGUCAGGCGGGGACAGCAGUGCCACUGAGAGCUGGGAUGAAGAACUCUCUCCCUCCACAGUGCUGUACACGGCCACUCAGCACACACCGACCAGCAUCACGCUGACCGUCAACCGCGUCCGCAGGAGCAAACCCAAGAAGAGGAAGAGGAGUACAGAAAAGGCUCGUGCUGCUCCAAAGGCCAAAAAGAUCAAGGCUUUUCGGGAGGGCUCGCGAAAGUCUCUGAGGAUGAAGAAUUCCCCUUCUGAAGCACAUGCCUUGGAUGAAAACACAGCUGAAGGGUGGGAGAAUCGGAUACGCCUCUGGACGGACCAGUACGAGGAAGCCUUCACGAACCAGUACAGUGCUGAUGUGCAGAACUUGCUGGAGCGUCAUCUAAACUCAAAUAAAGACUAUGUGGGAAAAACUGCUAUGCUGGACACAAUCAAUAAAACGGAGUUGGCCUGCAAUAAUACUGUUAUUGGGUCCCAGAUGCAGCUGCAGCUGGGAAGGGUGACUCGGGUUCAGAAGCACCGGAAGAUCCUGAGGGCAGCAAGAGACUUGGCACUAGAUACCCUUAUAAUUGAGUAUCGAGGGAAAGUUAUGUUACGACAGCAAUUCGAGGUCAAUGGGCAUUUCUUCAAAAAGCCAUAUCCCUUUGUGCUGUUCUACUCCAAGUUCAAUGGCGUUGAGAUGUGUGUUGAUGCCCGCACCUUUGGUAACGAUGCCAGGUUCAUCAGGCGGUCUUGCACUCCAAACGCAGAGGUUCGUCAUGUGAUUGCUGAUGGGAUGAUCCACCUGUGCAUCUAUGCUGUUGCCACCAUUGCCAAGGACACAGAGGUUACCAUCGCCUUUGACUAUGAGUACAACAUCUGCAAUUAUAAAGUGGACUGUGCGUGUCACAAGGGGAACCGGAAUUGCCCUGUGCAGAAACGUAGCCCAAAUGCUGCAGAACACCUACCUCCACCUGUUUUAGGCACACUGAUUGGGGCAGAAACACGCCGGCGAAAGGCCCGUCGAAAGGAGCUAGAAAUGGAACAGCAGAGCAUUGCGUCGGAUGAAAACAGCAGUCAGCAAACUGAGGAAGUUCCUGAGGGACCUGCAGCAGUCAGUGACAAUGAGGUGCCAGAGAAGGAGGAGAAACAAGAAGGGGAGAAAGAGGAGUCUGUAGAUGAACAGGGAGCCUUGGUCCACAGCAGACGGUCCCGGGAAGACAGGAAGGUAGAAGCCAUCAUGCACAUGUUUGAGAACUUAGAAAAGAGAAAGAGAAGACGAGAGCAACCAUCAGACCGUAACAGCACUGAUGCUGAAAUCAAUGUCAAUUCUGAAGCUCCUGAGCUGGAAGAAGUAAAAGCAGAGACUCCUGAAACAGAAGAUGGAAGUUCAGCACUGAGUGCUCCUCCUCCUCCUCCUCCUCCUUCUCCUCCUCCUCCUCCUCCUCCUCCUCCUGUUUCCAACAGUACGAGCAGUACUGGGGUGAACACACGACGGUCCUCACAAGUAGCGGAUGCUGUCCCCGAAAAAACAGUGACUAAGCCAGCUCCAGCAAAACCCUCCAGGCCCCGACCAAAAAGUCGCUUCUCUCGAUACCGGACCAGUUCAGCACAAAGACUGAGAAGGCAGAAACAAGCCAAUUCCCAGCAAGCUGAACUCACACAGGCUGUCCCAGAGGAAGGAAGCACUGCCAGCUUGGUAACCACAACAGAUGUCAGCAAUGUGGAAGGGCCAGGAGAAGGCAGACAGUUGACAGGAUCUGAUCCAACUGCUAUCCUGGCUACAGGAUCCCAGUCUAAUCGAGCUGCAGUAAAGUACCCCAAAACAAAAAAGUACCUUGUCACCGAAUGGCUGAACGACAAGGCAGAAAAGCAGGAGUGUCCAAUUGAGUGUCCUCUGCGCAUUACUACAGACCCAACAGUUUUGGCAACUACCCUAAAUAUGUUGCCAGGUCUCGUGCACUCCCCGCUGAUUUGUACCACACCUAAACACUACAUUCGCUUUGGUUCACCCUUCAACCCCGAGAGACGUCGAAGGCCUUUUCUGUUGGAUGGCAUUUACAGCUCCUGUAAGAAGCGCUGGAUCAAACAAGCCCUGGAAGAGGGGAUGACUCAGACCUCACCAGCUCCGCAAGAGAACAGAACCCAGUGUCUAUACCAAAGCAAUGAGAACAGCAGCUCCUCCAGCAUCUGCAAAGAUGACACAGACUUGCUGAGUCCCCUGAAGAAAUGGAAGUCUCGCUACUUGAUGGAGCAAAACGUGAAGAAGUUGCUGCGGCCGCUGUCUCCUGUCACCCCCCCGCCUCCCGUCCCUUCGGUCCCCGGCGCAGCGAGCCCGCAGCUGGCCACGCCCUGCUCGUCACUGCCCGGGGAGGAGGAGACCCGCAAUGGUUACGGCAUCAUGUUCUCACCCAUCCCCUCUCUGGCUGCCAGCCGCUGCAAUACUCCACUACAGUUCGAGAACGUAUCCUCCCCUGAGAGCUCCCCUGCGCAUAGGCCUGAGUCCAUGUCACCUGAGAUUUUCCAGGUCUGCCUUCGAUCCGACUUGGAUUUGAAGGGUGGGUACCUGGAUUCCAGUGCAAACACCUGCCAGGAACGACCAUCGCUGCUCAGCUUUGCGUCCUCUGAUGUGGCCCCGCAAUCCUCCAUAAACUCUACUUCAGAGAUGAACUUCCCAGGGAAAAGUGGGGAAGCACAAAUGCUGCUACGAAGCUCUGAUCAGGCUUUUCGGACAGAGUUUAAUUUAAUGUAUGCCUUCUCCCCAUUGAACGCUAUGCCACGUGUAGAUGGGUUGUUGCGGGGCUCUCCUCCUUUGGGAGAGAGGAAGCCAGUGAAUUCGGAAGCAGGAUGCUGCAGCUCUCCUGCUGAAGGGUAUUUCAGCAGACACGAGUCGGGGUUGCUCAAAGAGACAGUGCAUGGAUCCAUGUCUCCCUGCGGCGAGAGGGCUUCUGAGGGCACCAGAGCUGCUCCCCAGAAUCCACCACAAAGGAAGAAGGUAUCGCUCCUCGAGUACCGCAAGCGGAAACAGGAGGCCAAGGAGGGCGGCGAUUCCAGGCGCGGCGCAGGGACCCCCACCCGACAGGGCAGCAGCGGCUCCGGGACUGACGCGGACGGGAAUGGCCUGUCAGGCUCCACAGCACGAACUCCGUCCUCCCCACAAAGUGGCUUCUCCCCUUCUCAUCCCUCCCUGCCUCACGUAGAGGACAUCAGCCCACCAGACUCAAGGGGCUGUAGUUCCUCAUCAUCUCUCAGUAAAUCCCAGGAGAGCAUCAGCAGUAGGUGGAUGGUCCCGACGUCAGUGGAGAGGCUGCGGGAGGGCCGGGGGAUGCUGGAGAAGGUGCUGCGGAGCGGUGCAAAGGUGUCCCAGAGACACGAAUCCUCCCCCACCCAGGACAAUGCUCUCGAGAGAGAUGCAGAUGCAGCAGAAGGAGACACUCCAGAAGCCCACAAAGGACCAGCAGUUUACAGUCCUUCUCGAUACAGCUACCAGCUUCUGCAGUCUGACAGCCCCCAGGCAGAAUCACAGACCCUGCUCCAGCAGAGCUCCUCCCCAUACAGAGGGCACCUCGCACCGUCUCCUGGAUACAGCUACCGAGCAGCAGCACAGAGGACAGGACACAGCCUGUCCCAUGGUUCCUCGGAAACGUCCCUCUCCUCCACCUCAUAUUCCAGCCCUGCCCACUCGGUCUCCACAGACUCCUCUGCCCUGUUUGCAGGGAAUUCAGGGUAUUUCAGCAGCCAGCAGCACUCUGGCAGCGUCAGCAGCAGCCUCCUGAGGAAGAGCUGCCCUGCAGCUGCCAGCCCGGCACAGCAUACAGCUGUGGACUCAAUCUCCUCGGAGUCGGGCUCCCAGCCCUGCACAGGCGUGUCAGGCUCUUCCUCCGCUCCCCAAAGUGCUCGGUCACUACAGUCAGACUUGCGGACUAUCAGCCUGCCGAACUCUGGCCAGUCUGUUCUCUACCAGGGCUCCCGGGGCGCAGUGAUUUCCAAUGCACAACACUAUCCGCACCGUGGGGGAAGCAGUGUCCAUCAGUACAGACUGCAGCAGCUUCAAGGUUCUGGAGUAAAGACUCAAACAGGACUUUCCUAGGGCUGCCUGGACUUCAGGAGGACAAAACUGCCCAUAGCCCCUUCCAGUCACCUCUGGAAGUGGCUCCUGGGCCGGUAUUGGGAGCUUGCACCUGAUGCUGGGGUGCCAGGGGUCAGAGGCUGAGGUCGAAAAUGCACGGGUGAGAUUUGUGAGCAGUAUUGGCCUCUGGCCUGGUAGGAGAACACAGAUUUCUCUGAGGCAGAGACUGUAGCAAAGCAGUUCCCUGACAUGUGGGUACAUUGCAAAA